AGUGCGCCUCAUGGUGCUGAGGGAAUGUCCCUUGAAGGUCUUUCUACGCAUGGACCGGACUAUAAAAGGUGGGCCCAGCCUUCAAACAAACCAGACGCAACUCUUCCGCCGAGGCAGUCGAACCUUCCCUCAGUGAGCAACAUGAAAGCCCUGACCCUCCUGCUGGUGGUGGCUGUGGCCCUAGCGGCGGUAGCGAUGGUACAGGCCAUGCCCGAUCCUCUCGCCGAAGCAGACCCCGAGGCUUACGCAGACCCUGAUCCACACUGGCGAGGUGGAUUCGGUCGCGGAUUUGGUGGAUUUGGCCGAGGCUUUGGUGGAUUUGGCCGAGGCUUUGGUGGAUUUGGACGUGGACACUACUAUGGCUGAUCAACAUGCGAUGGGACAGAAAAGAACACAACACUCUGCAAGCCACUCGUGUGUCUCAUCAUCGACGUGACCUACGUACAGCAAAAAGACUUCCACCAACAACCCCAUCAACUUUGUCUUGAAUAUCAAAAUAAAGUGCUGCAAACAAUA